AUGCCAACUAACAGUGACCGUUUUGCGACCAGGCAUGCCUCCUUGACGGCGAUCUCCGUGCUUCUCGCUGCGCUGCUGGCGGCGAACGGCAGUGUCACCCCUGUCGCAGCCCAAAGCUAUAAUUGCAGCGCAAAUCCCGCGGUGGCCUCGGUGACUCCCGAGUACGCGAACCGCUUCUUCCGGGUGAUCAGCACCAUCUCGAACCUCUACCCCAUUCAGAACUGGGCCGCGGACACCCGCCUCCAGCCGGUUCUCACGCCGCUGCGCACCGAAGGCAGAUGCAAGGCAUCAUGGGCCAUCACGGCAGUGAGCGCGGUGGAAAUGGCGUACGCGUUAGUGGCUGACUCGGUGCCCUCCAUGGCGCCCCCUCAGCGCCUAUCACUACAGCAGGUGCUGGACUGCAGCUACAGCACGAGCAGCAACUGCAUCGACGGUGGGUGGCUGACGGCAGCAGCGCUGGACUACAUGGUGGACGCCACACGCCAGUGGGGGCUGUUCCCAAUUUGGCUGUUCUCAAUGGGGCUGUUCCCAAUGGGGCUGUUCCCAAUCAGCAGCAACUGCGUUGACGGCGGGUGGCCGACGGCAGCGCUGGACUACAUGGUGGACGCCACACGCCAGUGGGGGGGCCUCGCCGCCGAGACACCCUUUUUCCCGUACCUGCAGAGGCAGAGCAGAUGCGUCCGGCGCAAGGCGACGACCAUAGGCAUCACGGGGUACGACCAGGUGGACUUCUACGGCUGGUUUGGCCUUCUCCUUGCUGUCAAUGUAAGCCUUGCUGUCAACGCAAGUCUUGCUGUCAACACGCAACCCACCAUUGCAUUCGUGCGAGGCUCCUACCCCUCCUUCCAGACGUACACGCAGGGCAUAUACAGCGACGCAGGGUGUGCAGCGGCGGGGGUGGUGGAUCACAGCGUGGUGGUGAUGGGCUACAGCAUCACGGCUGACAGCGCAUUCUGGAUCCUCCGCAACUCCUGGGGGGGCACGUGGGGCAUGCAGGGUUACAUGCAAAUGGCCUUUGAGGGAGGCGUUGGCAUCUGUGGCAUUCACUCAGUGCCGGCCCUCUACCCCAUCAUUAAGACUGACGUGUGCAGCCUGCAGGAUGACAAUCCCUGUGCGGUCGGCACGUGCAUCAACGACAAUGCGGGCGGCUUCUUUUGUCUCUGUCCGCCGGGAUUUGACCAGGGGUACCGGCCCAAUGGCGCUCACACAUGCGUCCCAACCUCCAACCCCUCAUACACCGUCGUCUUCCCAAUAGACAUCGACUGCCCGCUAGUCUACCAGCUCUACGGCCUCACGGAGAAGGCGUUUCUUGCUCAGAACCCCAACCUGAGCAUGGACCACUGCGUGACCAUCCCCAAAAGCACGUACGCGAGCGUGCUGCCGCCCCUCAUGGGGUCGUGCGGGCUGUUCUACUCGUGGACGGCGAAUGACACAUGCAAGGGCGUCGCGAGCUUGUUCUCGCUCACAGUGGCCGGCUUGCUUCGUCUCAACCCCGGGAUCAACUGCACGAGUAAAACCGCCUGGAACGCUCCGACUGUGAACCAGCAGCUGUGCGUGGCAUUAGGCAACGGGGCGGACCUACCCAUGUGCACGGCAUGGUACACAGUAAAGGCAGGGGACACGUGUGCGGACAUCAUGGCGGAUCAUUCUCUCAACGACACCACAUUCUUUGCACUCAACCCGGGGCUGGGCUGUGACAGCCUCUUCCCCUCCGUUGGGGGAAGCCUCUUCCCUUCCUUCAGUGGCAGCGGCCGCGGCUGGAGUGGGGAUGGCGUGCAG